AGAGAGAGAGAGAGAGAGAGACGGUGUCAUUUGCUGGUCUGUGGUAAAUGUAAACUCAUUCCCAACACAGCAGAGCCGGGACUCAGGACCUACAUCUUUGCAGAAUUCUCCAGCACAAACACAGCUUGUUCGAUACAUCUUCUCUCAGAGAAAAAAAAAAGAACUUUAGAGGCAGAAAAACCCAGCCUUUUACAAAUUUGAGGAAGUGAGGCCGGCCCCACCCAGCCAGAAGCUUUAAAAAUGAGCAGUACACACCCUCGCCUCAACCAGUCGAGCGCUGCUAGCUCCGCCGCAUCUAACGCAGCCCUAGCCGACAAAGACGCCGAUAUGCCCGCCACCGAGAAAGACCUCGCGGAAGACGCUCCUUGGAAGAAAAUCCAACAGAACACCUUCACCCGCUGGUGUAACGAGCACCUGAAAUGCGUCAACAAGCGCAUUGCCAACCUGCAGACCGACCUGGGAGACGGGCUCCGGCUCAUCGGUUUGCUGGAGGUGCUGAGCCAGAAAAAAAUGUUCCGAAAGUUUAACCAGCGCCCCACGUUCAGGCAAAUGCAGCUGGAAAAUGUUUCCGUGGCGCUGGAGUUCUUGGACAAAGAGAAUAUCAAGCUGGUGUCUAUCGACUCCAAGGCCAUCGUGGAUGGGAACCUGAAGCUGAUUCUGGGUCUCAUCUGGACCCUGAUUCUUCACUACUCCAUCUCUAUGCCCAUGUGGGACGAAGAGGAGGACGAGGAGGUGAAGCAGAAGACUCCCAAGCAGAGGCUGCUGGGCUGGAUCCAGAACAAACUGCCCGAGCUCCCCAUCACCAACUUCAGUCGUGACUGGCAGUCCGGCCGGGCGCUCGGAGCCCUUGUGGAUAGCUGUGCUCCAGGUCUGUGUCCUGACUGGGACUCGUGGGAUCAAACCAAGCCUACAGAUAACGCCCGUGAGGCCAUGCAGCAAGCUGAUGAUUGGCUGGGGAUCCCACAGGUGAUCGCUCCUGAAGAAAUCGUGGACCCCAACGUGGACGAACACUCAGUCAUGACCUACCUGUCCCAGUUCCCCAAAGCCAAGCUGAAGCCAGGCGCCCCCCUGCGCCCCAAACUCAACCCCAAGAAGGCCAGGGCCUACGGACCAGGUAUCGAGCCCACUGGUAACGUGGUAAUGAAGCGUGCCCAGUUCACUGUGGAAACCAUCAGCGCAGGAAUGGGAGAGGUGCUGGUGUACGUGGAGGACCCUGCUGGCCACAGAGAGGAGGCUAAAGUGACUGCUAACAGCGACAAGAAUAGAACCUAUUCUGUCUACUACAUUCCGAAAGUGACUGGAUCCCACAAGGUGACGGUGCUGUUUGCUGGGCUGCACAUUUCUAAGAGCCCCUUUGAGGUGGAUGUGGGGAUGUCCCAGGGAGAUUCCAGCAAGGUGACAGCACAGGGACCAGGCCUGGAGCCCAGCGGCAACAUUGCUAACAAAACCACCUACUUCGAUAUCUACACCGCAGGUGCUGGAGUGGGCGAGGUGGAGGUGGUUAUUGUUGACCCCAGUGGGAAGAAGGACACCGUGGAGUGUCGCGUGGAGGACAAGGGCAACAGCAGCUACCGCUGUACCUACAAGCCAACACUAGAGGGCACUCACACCAUCUACAUCACCUUCUCUGGGGCCCAGAUUCCCAAGAGCCCAUUUACUGUGACUGUUGGACAAGCAUGCAACCCCUCCCUGUGCAGAGCUAAGGGCCGUGGGCUGCAGCCCAAAGGCGUGCGUGCUAAAGAGACCGCAGACUUCAGAGUGUACACCAAGGGAGCAGGCACUGGAGAGCUCAAAGUCACCAUCAAGGGACCAGUGAGUACCGCUCUGAUUGAGGAACCAGUGAAGCAGAAGGACCUUGGUGAUGGUGUCUACGGUUACGAAUAUUACCCAUCAACACCCGGGAACUACAUUGUCACCAUCACCUGGGGCGGUCAGCAGAUCCCGCGCAGCCCCUUCGAGGUGAAGGUGGGUACCGUGGCAGGGUCUCAGAAGGUGCGAGCCUGGGGCCCUGGUUUGGAAGGGUGGCGUAGUCGGAAAGUCGGCUGACUUGUGGUGGAGGCCGUUGGAGACGACGUCCGGAACGCUGGGUUUCUCAGUGGAGGGCCGUCCCAGGCUAAGAUCGAGUGUGAUGACAAGGGGGACGGCUCGUGUGACGUGCGUUACUGGCCCACGGAGGCUGGAGAGUACGCUGUGCACGUGCUCUGCAACAACGAGGACAUCCAGCACAGCCCCUUUAUGGCAGAGAUCACAGCCGCGCCUGGCAAAGACUUCCACCCAGACAAGGUGAAGGCGUACGGACCCGGUUUGGAAAAGACUGGCCUUGCCAUUAACAAGCCCACAGAGUUCACAGUGGACGCCAAGCAGGGAGGCAAAGCUCCCUUGAAGGUCCAGCUCCAGGAUGGCGAGGGUAACCCAGUCGAUGUCCAAGUGAAAGACAAUGGAAACGGCACCUAUACCUGCUCCUACUCUCCCCGGAAGCCGCUGAAACACACAGUCAUGGUGUCCUGGGGUGGGGUCAACAUCCCAGACAGUCCAUUCAGGAUGACAAUUGGUGCCGGCACUCACCCCAACAAGGUGAAGGUGUCAGGACCCGGAGUGGCCAAGACUGGCCUGAAGGCCUACGAACCGACCUACUUCACUGUGGACUGCGCUGAGGCUGGCCAAGGCGAUGUUAGCAUUGGUAUCAAAUGUGCUCCGGGGGUCGUCGGACCAGCGGAGGCAGACAUAGACUUUGACAUUAUCCGAAAUGACAACGACACCUUCACUGUGAAAUACACACCUCCUGGGGCAGGCAGCUACACCAUCAUGGUGCUGUUCGGUGACCAGGCUGUCCCUAUGAGUCCACUCCGAAUCAAGGUGGACCCUUCCCAUGAUGCCAGCAAGGUCAAAGCAGAGGGUCCAGGACUGAACAGGAGCGGUGUGGAGCUUUGCAAACCAACCCAUUUCACAGUCAACACCAAAGCAGCCGGGAAAGCUAAACUGGACGUCCAGUUCACUGGUCCCGCCAAGGGAGAGGCGGUCAAGGACUUUGAGAUCAUCAAUAACCAUGACAACACCCACACAGUGAAGUAUACUCCAGUACAGCAGGGUAACACUGGCGUGAGUGUGACCUAUGGAGGUGACCACAUUCCCAAGAGCCCCUUUUCUGUGGCCGUCGCCCCAUCACUGGACCUGAGCAAGAUCAAAGUGUCCGGCCUGGGAGACAAGAUGCCGGUUGGGAAGGACCAGGAGUUCACCGUGAAGUCCAAGGGGGCUGGCGGUCAGGGGAAAGUGGCAGCCAAGAUCACUAGCCCCUUGGGGAAGGCUGUGCCCUGCAAGGUGGAGCCAGGCCUGAGUCCGGAUAACAGCCAGGUCCGCUUCAUCCCCCGGGAGCCUGGGCCCUACCAGGUGGAACUGACCUACGAUGGAGUGCCCGUGCCGGGGAGCCCCUUCCCUGUCGAGGCUGUGGCCCCCACCGACCCCUCCAAGGUACGUUGUUCAGGCCCUGGUCUGGAACACGCCAAAGUGGGCGAGACUGGGAAGUUCAGUGUGGACUGUACCAACGCAGGCCCGGCCGAGCUCACCAUCGAGAUCAUCUCUGACAACGGCACGGAGGCAGAGGUUCACAUCCAGGACAACGGUGACGGCACCUACACCAUCACCUACAUCCCCCUGUACCCCGGCGUCUACACCAUCACCAUCCGCUACGGAGGGCAGGAUGUGCCCAACUUCCCAACCAGACUCACCGUGGAGCCUGCCAUCGACGCCAGCGGCGUCAAGGUCUUCGGCCCUGGCAUCGAAGGCAAAGGUGUUUUCCGCGAUGCCACCACAGAUUUCACCGUGGACGCCCGCGCGCUCACGAAGAAUGGCGGCAACCACAUCAAGACCCGAAUCAAAAACCCAUCUGGCAACCGCACAGACGCCCUGAUCAGAGACAAGGGAGACGGAACCUACCAAGUGGAGUACACUCCUUACGAGGAGGGUGUGCACUCUGUGGAGGUUGCCUAUGAUGAUGCCCCUGUGCCCAGCAGCCCGUUCAGAGUACCCGUGACGGAGGGCUGUGACCCAGCCAGAGUGAGGGUCCAUGGGCCUGGGCUGGAGAGAGGCACCACCAACAAGGCUAACAAAUUCACCGUGGAGACGAGCGGUGCUGGCAGUGGUGGGCUGGGGCUGGCAGUGGAGGGCCCCUCUGAAGCUAAGAUGUCCUGUACGGAUAACAAGGAUGGCAGCUGCUCUGUGGAGUACAUUCCAUACGAGCCUGGAACCUACAACCUGAACAUCACCUACGGGGGCCAGCCAAUCAGAGGCAGCCCCUUCUCUGUUCCAGUCUGUGAUGUUGUGGACUCCACCAAGGUGAAGUGUCUGGGGCAGGGCCUGGGCAACAACGUGCGGGCCAGCAUCCCACAGUGCUUCACUGUGGACACCAGCAAGGCUGGAGUCGCGCCACUGCAGGUCCGAGUGCAGGGGCCCAAAGGAGUGGUUGAACCAGUGGAAGUGGUGGACAAUGGAGACAGGACACACACAGUCAGCUAUGUCCCCACGAGAGAGGGACCCUAUUCUGUCAACGUCCUCUACGGAGAUGAAGAGGUCCCGCGCAGUCCUUUCAAGGUGAAGGUUCUACCCACUCAUGAUGCCAGCAAGGUCAAGGCCAGCGGACCGGGUCUCAACACCACCGGGGUGCCAGCCAGCCUGCCAGUGGAGUUCACCAUUGAUGCCAAGGAUGCUGGCGAGGGGCUGCUGGCAGUGCAGAUCACAGACCCUGAAGGAAAGCCUAAGAAGGCUAACAUUCGGGACAAUCAGGAUGGGACUUACCUGGUGUCUUACGUCCCAGACAUGACUGGACGCUACACCAUCCUGAUCAAAUACGGGGGAGAUGAGAUCCCCUACUCUCCCUACAGAAUCCGGGCAGUGCCCUCUGGCGAUGCCAGCAAGUGCACAGUCACAGUUUCUAUCGGAGGUCAUGGGUUAGGAGCUGGCGUUGGUCCUACCAUCCAGAUUGGCGAGAAGACAGUCAUCACGGUUGAUGCCAAGGCUGCCGGCAAGGGCAAGGUGACCUGCACAGUGUGCACCCCCGAAGGCACGGAGGUGGACGUUGAUGUGGUGGAGAACGCGGACGGAACCUUUGAUAUCUUCUACACCGCGCCGCUGCCCGGCAAAUACAUCAUCUGCGUGCGCUUCGGAGGGGAGCACAUUCCAAACAGCCCCUUCCAGGUCACGGCACUGGAAGGCCAGGAGUCGGCUCCACUCAUGCAACAGAGUCAGGUCCCUCACUACGCCUUCCCUCCUGGUGCCAGACAGCCCUGGGCUACUGACCGACCAGUAGGGAUGAACGGGCUGGACGUGGCCGGACUGCGGCCAUUCGACUUGGUCAUUCCGUUCACCAUCAAGAAGGGCGAGAUCACAGGUGAUGUGAGAAUGCCCUCUGGAAAGGUUGCCAAGCCUGACAUCACCGACAACAAGGACGGGACGGUGACAGUGAAGUUUGCCCCUACAGAGGCCGGGCUUCAUGAGAUGGACAUCAAAUACGAUGGCAUGCAUAUUCCAGGAAGUCCUCUUCAGUUCUACGUGGACUAUGUGAACAGUGGUCAUGUGACUGCUUACGGACCAGGCCUGAUCCACGGCACCGUGAACAAGCCGGCUGUGUUCACCGUCAACACCAAAGAUGCCGUGGAAGGUGGACUGUCCCUGGCUAUUGAAGGCCCCUCCAAGGCUGAUAUUGGGUGCACAGACAACCAGGAUGGAACCUGCACUGUUUCCUAUCUACCAGUGCUGCCAGGAGACUACAACAUCCUGGUCAAAUACAACGACAAACACAUAGCUGGCAGCCCCUUUGUAUCCAAAAUCACAGGGGAUGAUUCCAUGAGGAUGUCCCAACUCAAGGUGGGCUCCACUGCAGAUAUCCCGCUGGACAUAGGAGAGUCUGACCUCAGCCAGCUGACCGCCAGUGUGACCACACCCUCUGGCCGUGAGGAGCCCUGCCUGCUGAAGAUGCUGAGGAACGGACACGUUGGAAUCUCGUUUGUUCCCAAGGAGACCGGGGAGCACUUGGUCAGCAUCAAGAAGAAUGGCCGCCACAUUCCCAGCAGCCCCAUCACCGUCAUGAUCAACCAAUCAGAGAUCGGAGAUGCCAGCCGCGUUCGGGUCUCCGGGCCGGGCCUGACCGAAGGGCAGACCUUCGAGCCGGCAGAGUUCAUCAUAGACACCCGUGACGCAGGUUACGGUGGCCUGAGCUUGUCCAUCGAGGGUCCCAGCAAAGUGGACAUCAACACAGAGGACCUGGAGGACGGCACGUGUAAAGUGACCUACUGCCCAACCGAGCCAGGCAAUUACAUCAUCAACAUCAAGUUUGCUGACCAGCAUGUUCCAGGCAGCGCUUUCACAGUCAAGGUCACUGGGGAAGGUCGAAUGAAGGAAAGCAUCACACGGCGUCGCAGAGCUGCUUCCGUGGCCAACGUGGGCAGCCUGUGUGACCUGAGCCUCAAAAUCCCAGAGAUAAACAUCGGCGAGAUGACUGCUCAGGUAACCAGCCCCUCUGGGAAGGUGCACGAUGCUCAGAUCAUGGAAGGAGAGAACAACACCUACUGCAUCCGCUUCGUACCCUCGGAGAUGGGCAUCCACACUGUCAGCGUCAAGUACCAGGGCCAGCACGUGCCCGGGAGCCCCUUCCAGUUCACCGUGGGCCCGCUCGGAGAAGGGGGGGCUCACAAGGUUCGGGCAGGGGGCCCAGGACUGGAGAGAGCAGAGGCCGGACUGCCAGCCGAGUUCAGUAUCUGGACCCGUGAGGCUGGGGCUGGUGGUCUGUCCAUCGCGGUCGAAGGACCCAGUAAAGCUGAGAUCUCCUUCGAGGAUCGCAAGGAUGGGUCCUCUGGGGUUUCGUACAUCGUCCAGGAGCCUGGUGACUACGAGGUGUCGAUCAAGUUCAACGAUGAGCACAUUCCUGACAGCCCCAUCGUUGUGCCAGUGGCCUCCCCCUCAGAUGAUGCCCGCAGGCUCACUGUUGCUAGUCUUCAGGAGUCUGGCUUGAAGGUGAACCAGCCUGCCUCCUUCGCAGUCAGUCUGAACGGAGCCAAGGGAGUCAUUGAUGCCAAAGUGCACAGCCCAUCUGGAGCUCUGGAGCAGUGCUACGUGACGGAGAUUGAUGAAGACAAGUACGCCGUUCGUUUCAUCCCUCGUGAGAACGGACUGUACCUGAUAGACGUCAAGUUCAACGGCUCUCACAUCCCAGGCAGCCCCUUCAAGGUCCGGGUCGGGGAGACUGGACAGGCUGGCGACCCUGGGAUGGUGUCUGCGUACGGGGCGGGGCUGGAGUCUGGAACCACCGGAUCCCCAUGCGAGUUCAUCGUUAACACCAGCUCUGCCGGUCCUGGCGCCCUGGCGGUCACUAUCGACGGUCCCUCCAAGGUCAAGAUGGACUGUCAGGAGUGUGCCGAUGGCUACAAGGUGACCUACACGCCCAUGGCACCGGGCAGCUACCUGAUCUCCAUCAAAUACGGGGGACCCUACCACAUCGUGGGCAGCCCUUUCAAAGCCAAGAUCACUGGUCCACGUUUGGUGACGAGUCACAACCUCAACGAGACCUCCUCUGUCCUGGUGGACUCUGUCGCGCGCUCUCCGGCUGCUCUCCAGCAGGGGGCGCCCUCUCGAGGUGCCUCCGACGCCAGCCGCGUGGUGGCCAAGGGCCUGGGCCUCUCCAAGGCCUAUGUGGGGCAGAAAAACAGCUUUAGCGUGGACUGCAGCAAAGCAGGUAACAACAUGCUGCUUGUGGGAGUUCAUGGCCCCAAGGUCCCGUGCGAGGAGAUCAUCGUGAAGCACCAGGGGAAGCUGCUCUACAACGUCACGUACCUGCUCAAAGACAAGGGCGACUACAUCCUGGUGGUGAAGUGGGGCGAGGAGCACAUUCCUGGGAGCCCCUACCAAGUGUCUGUCCCCUAAAACACGCCGUCCCUUUAAAACUGCGCACCUUCACAAAUCUAGACCUCCUGUUUGCUGGUACCAAACCCAGUGCCUUUCUGUUCUGAAUUGCCUCUUUUACACUAAAACUAAAUGCUGUUAAGUAUUUUCCCUCCUAGAGUGCAGUAGAAAUGCAUACACAUACAUACAAUGAGACUGAUGGGGAAGGGCCUUUUACCAAAUGUGCAGUAUCAGUUUUUUUAUAUAUUAAAGUGUUGUAACAAUGUCUUGCAACACUUAUUUAAUAUAAAUUGAAAAGUAAAAGCUAAAAAAUUGAACAUACUGGCCUGUGAUCAGAAAGUUUUUGGAACAGGAAGUCAUUUGUUUUGUCCACUCCCAAUGUGUCCAAAUGUUUCAGACUUAAGUUUUAAAAUGAAAUAAAUGUUAAGCUAUUGACUGUUACACAAGUUUGAAACAUAAAAUGUCUUAAUUUUUUACUGUUUUUGACAAACUUGAAAACUCAGUUUCCUUUGUGGUUAAAAAGAGUAGUAUUCUAAACAAUCUUGUUUGUGCUGUUGUCGUAGUUACAAACCAGCCUAUCAGAACACUCCUUACUUUGUAUAACCCCGCCCCCGGCAUGGAAGCUGAGCAGAGCUUGAAAAGGGGAUUCUCGGAGUGGAAUAAGAAUCAGUUUUUAAAUUAGUGUUCAAGCUUGUACUAAUACUUUUUUUUUUUUUUUUUCUUAAUCGUUAAUUUCAUGGCUUUGAAUAAGAUUUCUAGCUUGCACACAUACGUGUUGGUUUAAUGUUAAGAAAAAAUACAAGCAAUUGGCCUAAUUCUUUCUAACCAUUUUCUCUGCCUUUUCUUUUCAUGCACAUUUUGUAGUUCUAUCCUUUAAAUAUUACAAAAAAAAAUGUUCUUUAAUAAAGUAUGCUUUACUACAAA